AAUACAAUUCAUCGUCCAAAAAGUUAAUCAAAACAAAACUCCACAAGAAAUUGUAGUUUAAAUUAAGAGUACUCUUGGCACGAGACGAAUAUGUCACGAAUUUCCAACCAGGAUGAACGCACGAAGUCCUUGGACAAGAAGACACCUGACCAGGGCACGAAGAAACAAGUAGAAGAAGUGGUGGGCGACCGUUUCGGCCAAGAGGGCCCUUUGGACUAUGAUGAUACAUCGGUUGAAGAAUUGGUCGAGAAGUGGAAGCAACUCUCCGAGGAGCGCGACUGUCAGUUUGCUUCCAUCGGUUUGCAGUCCGAAAAGAUAUUUGCGGAGCUGAGCUGCAUUUCGCAACAAAUAAAGCAGAUUCAAUUGAGCUCGGACGAGCAAGAUGUUCUUGAUAAUCAAGCAAAUGACGAUGAAGCAGUUGAAAAUCAAGCAAAUGACGAUGAAGCACUUGCAAUUGAAGCAGUUGACAAUCAAGCAGCUGACGAUCAAGUAGUUGACAAUCAAGAAGAUGACAACCAAGUAGAUGACGAUCAAGCAGAUACCGAUCAAGCAGUUGACAAUCAAGCAGCUGACGAUCAAGUAGUUGACAAUCAAGAAGAUGAAAAUCAAGCAGAUGAUGAUCAAGCAGUUGCUGCUGAGCUAGUCGAAAUAAAUCAAGACCAUGGUGACGAAGAAAAUCAAGCCAAUGAAGCGAAAGACGAUACUGAUCAAUUCUAUUCCCAAUUUGAUGCCGAUCAAUUAUUUGCUUACGAAGGGGAUUCCCAUCAAGACGAUGCUGACAGAGGUGACGCAUCUGUGGCGCCGUCAUAGUUUAUAUUCCAGCCGCAGA